CGUUUGGAUGGUUUUAGUGGUGACGGGCAGCCUGUGUGUUUGGAAUGGUGGUAUUUUAUUCUUUACACUUCAACGACGCAGACCUUCAAAAUGCCGGAUCCUUAGGACAUGGCAACUACACAUGACUUCAAAUAAAGACCCAGGCUAGAAAGGCGACAUGGGCGCGAUCUCCAAGACCCUGCUGCUGUGGGCAGGCCGUGCUGCUGUGGUGCGGGCGCGCGCUGGGGCAGAGCGACGCGGUGGAGGUACAGCUCCGCCAGGGCCGCAUCUCCGGCGUGAGGGAGGAGGUCGCCGGGGUAUCCUUUUACGGCUUCAGGGGCAUCCCUUACGCCCAGCCUCCGAUGGGGGAGCUAAGGCUUCAGGACCCCGUCGCUGCAGAAGCGUGGGAGGGGGUGAGAGACGGGUCGGUGGCGCCCCCUGUGUGUCCUCAGCUGACAGCCGUCGACGGGGAAACAGCUGUGACCGGCCAGGAGGACUGCCUCUACCUUAGUGUCUACACGUCUAGGCCAUACCCGUCCGACAUGCCCGUGAUGGUGCUGAUCCAUGGUGGGGGUUUCAUCGUAGGGGGGUCAGAGGAGCAGUACCCCCCCAUGCCCCUGCUGAAGAGGGACGUGGUGCUCGUCGUUCUGCAGUACCGCCUGGGCACCUUAGGAUUCCUCUCAACCGAAGACACGGUGAUGCCAGGAAACCUCGGCCUCAAGGACCAGACACUGGGUCUCCGCUGGGUCAAGGAGAACAUCCGUGCCCUCGGCGGCGACCCCUUCCGCGUGACCUUGUUUGGGCAGGGAGCGGGAUCGGCUGCGGCACACAUGCAGGUCCUCAGUCCUCAUGCCGCUGGCUUGUUCAACCGAGUUAUCCUCCAGUCCGGCAACGCACUCAGUCCUUGGGCGCUGAGGUGCGACCACAGAAAAAAUGCUGCUGUGAUAGGUGAGGCUUUCGGCUGCCCAGAUGUGAACGCGUCGUCACCUGUUGACUUGAACAGCACCGCACUGCUAGACUGCCUUCGAGAACUCCCUUUUGAACAGCUGGCGGUCAUCCCUUCGGCUUUUGUGGUGUGGCUGAACGCCCCCCAGGUGAUGACCCCGCGCGUGGACGGUAAGUUCUUGCCCGCCCACCCCGCCCAUCUCCUGAAGGAAGGCCUCUUCAACAGGGUCAGCCUCAUCUCGGGCAUUAACCAGCAGGAAGGAGCCUUACCUGCUCUCGCCACACUCACGACUCCUUUCCUGAAUGCGGCGCUGACGGAGAACUUCUCGCAGGUGGGUCCGAUCAUCCUGAACGUGCAAGAUGAGGAGAAUGCCGUCUUCUUGUCUCGUCGGGCCUUUAACGCGUACCUGCCGCAGUAUCAGGUUAAUGAGGACACCGUCGGAGAUUUCGCCAAGCUCUUGGGCGACGAAGCGUUCCGAGUCCCUCACCGAGAAGUGGUUCGGCUCCACAGCAUGGCCGGUGGUCUCGUGUUCGCCUACGAGCUGAAGCAUCGCGGCCUCCAGAGCCUCACAGAGCUCUUCAACACGUCCGCUGGGGAUUCGUGGGUGAGCAACGGCGAUGACCUCCAGUACCUGUUCAAUGGAACGACCUUCCCGCCCCUGAGGAAUCUGGAUGACCGGCGCCUCAGUGACCUUAUGGUGAUCAUGUGGACAAACUUCGCAGCCACAGGGUACCCGACGCCCGACAAUGCCCUAGGCUUCUGGUGGACGCCCGUGAGGUCCUCUUCUCCCCUGCCCUACCUCUGCCUCAUGCCCACGCCCAUGAUGGCCUGGGAUGGGCGUAGUUCGAUGUACGAGUUUUGGACGAGCCUCCCCACCUUCCAAAACCGCGUCCUGAACCCGCAGCAUUUCACUCACUCGUCAGGGGGAUUCGGACGACCGCUGUUCUAUGGAGCGAACGCCACCCCCUGGCCCAACAGUCCCUUCCUUCCCGCUCACCGAUUCGGACGCCGGCGGUGAGAGGGGUGGGGGGAGUCGAGAAUGGGAAU